UCUCUUAUGCAUGAUUAAAUACUGUAUAUUUGUAGGCUAGAGCAUCACUCUCUCUCUCUCUAAGUGGUAUAUAUUACCUCUGGGUGUGUGCAGUUGUUACAAAAUGGUAGAAUAAAUUGAGAAUUGGACUCUCCCCCCCUCUCUCUCUCUCAUGGAAGAACAACAACAGCUCAAUCCUCUAGCAGUGACUCACCUCCUCCAACACACUUUGAGGAGCCUAUGCAAUGUUCACGAAAGCUCUCAAUGGGUGUAUGCUGUGUUUUGGAGGAUUUUGCCACGCAACUACCCGCCACCUAAAUGGGAUCUCCAAGGAGGGAUGUACGACAGAGCUAGAGGCAACAGAAGAAAUUGGAUAUUGGUAUGGGAAGAUGGAUUCUGCAACUUUGCAGCAUCCUCCGGCUGUGACCAGGCGGCGGCGCUGGCAGCAGCAGCGAUCGAGCCGGGAUCAGCAUCCUCCGGCUGUGACCAGGCGGCGGCGCUGGCAGCAGCAGCGAUCGAGCCGGGAUCAUCGGGCUGCGGUGAAGCCCAGCUUGUUAAGGGGCUUCAACCUGAGCUCUUCUUCAAGAUGUCCCACGAAAUUUACAAUUUUGGAGAGGGCAGUUUGAUCGGAAAAGUUGCAGCAGAUCACAGCCACAAGUGGGUGUCCAAGGAGCCUCAAGAACAAGAGAUCAAUUUCUUGUCUACGUGGAAUAAUCAUGUAGAUUCUCACCCAAGGACAUGGGAGGCUCAGUUCCGCUCUGGCAUCAAGACUAUUGCUCUCGUUGCGGUCAGAGAAGGUGUUGUUCAACUUGGAUCUCUCAACAAGGUCUCUCUCACACCAUCACAAAAGAAAAAAAAAAGCCACACGUUCAUGAACAAAAACCACACGUCACCAGUGAUUGAGCUGGCUCCACGCAACGCGAGUGCAAUUACUACUGCGCCCUCUCCAAGUUAG